CUUAACCUAUGACAUUUUUCAAGCUUCACAUGUAUGUACCUAUAUAUAUAUAUACUUGUUUAUGUUAUGUCUAACAUGAUUGCACUUGCAUUGAUGGUAUGGAAGAUCAAAAGCAAAGGGUGAAGGAAGAGAUGUUGUGUGAUAAAGUGAAGAUGAAGAACAAGAGGAAGUUUGUUGGAGUCAGACAAAGAGCUUCAGGGAAAUGGGCUGCAGAGAUCAAAGACACGUCAAAGAAGAUUAGGAUGUGGCUCGGUACUUAUCAAACUGCUGAGGAAGCUGCUCGAGCUUAUGAUGAAGCUGCAUGUCUCCUUAGAGGUUCAAACACUCGCACAAAUUUCUUUGCUCAACCCUCUACCACCAUUGCUGCAAAUUCUCCUAUUUCCUUAAAACUCAGAAAUCUCCUUCAUCAGAACGCCAUGUCAAAUCAAAGUCAAGUUCAAAACCAGCCAUCUAGUGUAACUCCAACAACUCCAAAUAUCAAUAACAUCAUGGUCAUGGAAGAAACCUCUGGUUUUAGUGGUGAAGGUAAUAACAAUAAGUCUUUGUUUGUGAUUCAGAACCAGGUCUCUAAUAACACGUAUGGAAUAGAUAUGAAUAUGAUCAAUUGUGUGAUGGGUAUCACACCAGAUGCAUCUCAACUUGAUUUCUCUUGGCCUUUUCCCCAUCAAAGAAUUAACGAAUUACCAAAAGAUGGUUUCAGUGUAGAAAGGCAAUUAUCAGACUCGGUAUAUGCAACUAAUGAGUGCCACCAUUUGGAGGAUACAUAUGAAUAUGAUGUUAAUUAUCCUCACUCUCACUUUUUUUGCUUCACUUGAUAUCUAUCUUUCAAUAUCUUCUCAACACAUUUGAUGAGGAAGAGAGUUCUGAAAUGGCAUGCUUUGUAGUUGCAUAUAAUACUUAGUUUGUGUAAUGUUACCUUGUAUUUAUAUAAUUUUCUCUGGAGGAUGAAUCAAGAACACAGAAUUUUCAAGUUUCAUCUCUGCUUCACCAAGCAGGUUUUACUCUGCUAAGAAUGUAACAGUUCUUUUCAGCUACUCAAAAUUGUUGACAUCCACACAAUCCAUCUUAGAUUCUUUAAGCCUUGUGAAUUGGUUAAGAUAAGCAUGAACUUGCUAACGA